AUGGGUAUGAUCGGUAUUGCCCUCCUUGCUCUGCUUGGGCACUAUGGCGUGAAGUUUGCCAAAGCAUCCGCUAUUCCAUAUAGGGCUCCUCGACAGCCUUGCACAACAUUCAACGUGCAGGUGCCUAUCACAGCUCGCCAACAUCUCUACGACGUCGUGCCUGUCAACAAUAACAUAGAUGCCAUCCACUUUGCACAGGAUAUAGACACCUGGGACAGUCCAUCCAUGGUCGAACGAAUCACGCAGAACAUUACCAUAUCUCGAACAUACGACAUUCACGCACAGCUCUGUGUAUCUGCCGAUGGCAAGAAGAAGAACCUGCUACAGAUCGCAACUCAUGGCGGAGGCUUCGACAGCCGAUAUUGGGAGGUUAUGCUACAACCGGAUCAACACUCGUACGUCCGUGCUGCACUCGCGGCUGGCUACAGCAUCUUGACUUAUGAUCGUAUUGGGACCGGCCAGUCUUCCAAGCCGGACGCCUACACGGAUAUACAAUUGCCUGCUCAUAUUGAAGUCCUGCGGGUCCUGCGGGUCCUGACGGAGAUGGUCCGGAAUGGUACCAUCGCCAGCAUCGCAUCAUCAUGGUCGUGCUCGGGGAGCGCUAGCAUGCACUUCGACAAGAUCAUUCACGUCGGACACAGUGUCGGUAGUAUCACCACCUACGGUCUCCUGAGCUCAUACCCGACACUGUCCGAUGCUGCCGUUUUGACUGGAUUUUUGGUCAGCAAAGAAGUCUUUGAUGGAAGGCAGACUGCCGGCGAUCUUCAGUAUGCCCCCCAGAACGAUCCGUACCUUUUCGCAGACAGCAGCUCUGGCUACGCAAUCCCGGGCACUUCAGGGGCCCUGCAGACGGGGUUCUUCUCUUCGUCUGUCAACACGACCACGCACAUCGGCGGCUUCGAGCCUGAGUUCCUCGAUUACGCUUACGCUAUUCGUCAGCCGCAGCCAGUCGUGGAGUUUGGCUCCGGUAUUGUGCUCUACGCGGAGCAUUCGACCGCGCCAUUAUUCACCGGCCCUGUGCAGCUUUUGGUCGGCGAGUUUGACUUCAUUGUGUGUCUUGGUGAUUGUAAGAACACUUAUAAUACUACACAGGCGAAUGAGAUGUUUCCAAAGGCCAGAAACUUUGAGAUCCAUCUACAGCAGGGCGGUGGCCAUGGCCUACCGUUCCACAACAAUGCGACGAUGGGAUUUCAGGCGCAGUUCGACUGGCUUGCGCGCAACGGCUUCUAA